UUAGGUCAUAGAGGAGCCAAAGGGAAACCAUAGCUACUUUGUUUCUUACUCUGGCUCUGCUCAUGACAUGUUUGUGUAGAGCUCCUGCAGUGCACCCAGCUGAGAGGAAUACUGAUCAGUUUGCUGGGGGAGGGGGCUUUGUAAUGGAGGGGGAAUUCCUCAAAGGAAACAGUGUUGAUGUGCCCAGUCAAGAUAACAGACUGGUGAAGAAGACUCAGCUACUGGAUCGCGGCCAGUGGGCGAGCAAGUUGGAGUUCCUUCUGGCUGUAGCAGGAACCCUGGUUGGGCUGGGAAACCUCUGGAGGUUCCCCUAUUUGUGCUACAAGAAUGGGGGAGGUGCGUUUCUGGUUCCAUAUGUCUUGUUUCUGCUCGCAUGUGGUAUCCCUAUGUUCCUCCUGGAGACGGCCAUGGGACAGUUCACAUCUCAGGGAUGUAUCACCUGCUGGAGGCACUUCUGCCCCUUGUUUGAAGGGAUUGGUUACGCUACCCAGGUGGUGAUUGCAUAUGCUGCCGUGUCAUACAUCGUCAUCCAGGCAUGGGCCUUCUUCUACCUCUUCUCAUCUUUCAGUGCUGAAGUUCCAUGGGCCAGCUGCAGAAACACUUGGAACACAGAGUCUUGUGUUGAGUUUGAUAAAACAAAUGUGUCCUCCAACUGGACAGCAAACGCAACAACACCUGCAACAGAAUUCUGGGAGAGACGAGUACUGGGUAUAUCUCAAGGGAUUGAGGAUAUUGGUAGCCUGAGGUGGGAGUUGGCUUUGUGUCUCUUAUUGGCAUGGAUCCUGUGCUACUUCUGUGUUUGGAAAGGAGUGAGAUCCACUGGAAAGGUAGUUUACUUUACAGCCACUUUCCCCUACGUGAUGUUGGUGGUUCUCUUGGCUCGUGGACUCACUUUACCAGGAGCUAUGGAUGGCUUAGCAUUCUACCUGUAUCCUGACCCGGCAAGGUUGGUGGACCCUCAAGUUUGGAUGGACGCAGGCGCACAAGUUCUUUUCUCCUUUGGGAUUUGUCAGGGGAGUUUGACCGCUCUGGGCAGUUACAAUCAGUAUAACAAUGACUGUUACAAGGACACGUUUGUACUUUGUUUGGUGAACGGCGGGUCCAGUUUCGUGGCAGGGUUUGCAAUCUUUUCCGUUUUGGGCUUCAUGUCCUACGAACAAGGACUGCCAAUAUCUGAAGUGGCUGCUUCUGGACCUGGCUUGGCAUUUAUUGCCUAUCCACGUGCAGUAGCCAUGAUGCCUUUGCCUCAGUUAUGGGCUAUAUGCUUCUUCAUCAUGGUCAUCUUGUUGGGUGCAGAUACACAGUUUGUGAGUCUGGAGUGCCUGAUGACCUCAGUGACGGACAUGUUUCCCACCGUGUUUCGAAGAGGUUAUCGUCGAGAGUUGCUGCUUCUUUGUCUCUGCUCUGUUUGCUUCUUUCUUGGCCUCCUCCUCGUCACAGAGGGGGGCUUGUAUUUCCUUCAACUCUUUGACCAUUAUGUUUGUAGUGGCAACAAUCUUCUCCUUCUUUCAGUGUGUCAGUCGAUAGCAAUUGGAUGGAUAUAUGGUGCAGACCGUCUCUAUGACAACAUUGAAGACAUGAUAGGUUAUCGUCCAUGGCCACUAAUGAUGUUUUGCUGGCUUUACAUUACCCCUGCUGUUUGUCUGGGUACCUUCAUCUUUUCACUGGUAAGGUACAAGCCUCUUAAAUUCAACAAAACCUACGUCUACCCGACCUGGGCCUAUGCUUUGGGCUGGUUUCUUGGACUGUUCUGUGUUCUCCUGGUUCCUCUGUGGAUCAUCUUUAAAGUUACUCAAAUGAAAGGGACGAUAUUGCAGAACCUCAGGCAGCUUUGCCGCCCUGAAAACAUGACACACAACACAGCAAAGCAACCCGAGCAAUGCCCUCUGAACCCAGACAACACUCUCACUCCUGCUGCCAAUGAAUACAAGGGAAGUGGUGGAUCUGAGAUGGAGAUGCAAGUGUGAUACACUGAACAUUUUUGAUAAUCUUUUAAAUUUGAUAUUUUUAUUUUCAAUUCUAGGUUUUACAAGCUACGCAUUUUUAAGAAAUUAUGAUGAGUAAUAAACUCUGUUGGGUUACCAUAUCAGGUCUGCAAAAUGCACAGCAGGGAGUCUUGUGUCACUGUGCUAGACCAUCAAAAAGAGCAAGUUUUUACAAUUUUUAAAAUCUAUUUCCAAUUAACGCAAACCUUAUAUGAUCAAGUUAAAUCACCAUUUUCAUGUUUUAGUAUCCCACCUAGAUAGAAGAUUAGAGCAACCAGCACUAAUACUCAUUGUCCACUAAGAUAUACUGUCACCACAGAUUUUUAUGUACCCCAUAUAAACAAAAUAAUAGAAAUUUUCAAAAUCCCCAGCUCCAAAGGGAGUGGCAGCUGAUGUGUUCUUACAAUGUAGAAUGCCUUAAUGAGGAAAUAAUGUAAUUGGUAAAAGUUGCCCUUUCAUUAUAUGAUAUAUAAAGCUUAAAUAUAUAUGUUUGAAAUGGUUUUCCUUAUACAGGGCCAGAUGCAGGACAGAUUUAAAUGUAAGUAUAAAUGUUAUCUCUUAGCUAUCUAUGUUAUAUAUGUUUA